AUGUCCGCAAACGAGGCCGCAUCUCUCAUCGCCUUCACAGUUGAACGCGACUUCAUCAAUGGCAAAAGAGCCAAUCGUCCAGGGCACGCAGCACUUGCAACCGCGAAGAGUCUCUGCAGCCGUAUAACGUUCCUAGGCCUCGUCUCUAUGAAGCCGCAAACCCAAUACACACCCGUGACGAAAAUGCCAACCGCAACCGCCAGAGUUGGCGACAAGGUCAUCGCCUCCUCGUCCAGCUACCAAACCGUCGAGGGCAACGUGUACUUCCCGCUGUCGACGCUGGCUGACCCGUCGAUGCUGGCGUCGCCCACCACGCACUCGCCUUGCCCUUCUACAGGCAAGGUGAACUAUUAA